AUGAUAGGAAAUAAAGAAGAAGCUUUUGAAUGCUUCAAUUUAGCUUUGAAAUAUAUGAAUAUAGGAAAUUAUGCUCAUGCAAAAAAGUUAUUUUUGAAAGCAAAACGAAUGUUUCCAGAUAUGGAAAUAAAUGAUAAACUAAAAAUAUGCGAAGAAGAAUUAAAAAAAACUGAAAAUAUAGGAACAGAAAAAGUAACAAAUAAUAAUGAUAUUUAUAGAGAAAAUCAAAAUAGAAUGCAUGAACGUCAUAAAAAAAAAAAUGAUUUAAUGGAAAAAAUUUUAAAAACAAAUAAUUAUUAUGAAAUUUUAGGUAUACCUAAAAAUAGUAAUGAUGAAACUAUUAGAAGUGCAUAUAAAAAAUUAGCUAAAUUAUAUCAUCCAGAUAAAAAUAAAGAAAAAGGAGCAGAAGAAGCUUUUAAGAAAGUUUCCAAAGCAUUUCAACAUUUAAUAAAUAAAGAAAAAAGAUAUGAAUAUGAUAAUAAUUCCGAGGAAGAUAUACAUCAAAACUUUAGAACAACUCAUUAUUAUUACAAUGAUGAUUCAUUUACACCCGAAGAUCUUUUUCGUAAUUUUUUUGGCAUAAAUUUUGCUACAUGUAAUAAUAGAACUUUUAGAACCAAUAUCAAUUCUAAUAGAGCAUAUACUACUACUAAUAAUAAUGUUAAUAAUAGCCAAAGAAAUUAUUCAUUAAUUCAAAUAUUAAUAUUUUUAAUAAUGUUUAUUAUUUUUUUUUUAUCGAGCCAUUUUGAACAUCCUAAAGCAGUUUAUUCUCUUCAAAAAACGAGUUAUUUUGAUACAAUAAAUUAUACUACUUUAAAUAAAGUUCGUUUUUAUACAAAAAGAACUUUUAAUUAUACUUAUCCUAGAAAUAGUGACUCACGUUUUCAGAUUGAAUAUGAAGUAGAAUAUAAAUAUUAUGAACACGAAUGCCUUAUUUUGUCAAAAAAAAUAAAAAAUGAUUAUUACAAAGAAAAAUCUAAAUAUAAUCAGAAAUUAAAUUAUCAAGAAAUUCCGGAAAGUUGCAUAAAAUUAAAAACAUUGGAAGCUCAGUAUAAUAAUUAUAUUUUAAAAUUAAAAAAGCGAUAA